GCUCAAUGAUGAUCUGAAACUAAAAUCGAAAUACGCGGUCGCCUUAUAGCGCUAUAAGGGCUUGUCGUUUCGAGCCGCUGGUUAGGCCUCACUAAGUGACGUCACCCACGGAGCAUGCAGGCCUUGUUGUAUCGGUGGUAACGGCUGAGGCCAUUUAAAUUGAAGGGAAGAAGAAGAAGAAGACAUUUUGAGGUUAUAUUUUUUCAAUAAAAAUUCACUUAAUUAUCAACAAAAAUGAGUAUUCAUACAUUCCUAGGUCGAUUUCUCAGCAAAUAUUUAGGAAGACCAUCUUUGAAUACACGGAUUUUUUCGAGAUUGCAACCUCUAGAUUUAUCUUGGAAGCAGAAAGCAAAAUCAACAUUCUCUGAACCUAAUCAAAUUCAUUCAGUUGAUGAAAAAGGUAAUAGACCCAUGAACAACUUGAAUAAAUAUACGAAUCGAACAUACACUUGUGGUGAAUUAGGAAAGGAGAAUGUAGGAGAACUGGUCUCCAUUAUGGGCUGGUUGGAGUAUCAGAGAAUGGAUAAAUUCCUUGUACUGAGAGAUGCAUAUGGAGAAACGCAGCUAAUCAUUAGUGAUGAAGACACAAGUACCAAGGAGUUGCUAAAAACUCUUCCAUUAGAAUCAAUUAUGGAAGUCAGAGGAACAGUUUCAUUAAGGCCCAAAAAUAUGGUCAAUGAAAAUCAAUCCACAGGUGAAAUUGAGGUGAAGGUGGAAAAUCUCAUAGUAGUCAAUAAGGUACUAGAUGAGUUACCAUUUAAUAUCAGAUCCUUCCAAAAAGCUAAGGAAUCUUUAAGAAUGCGUUACAGAUAUCUGGAUUUGCGAUUCUCUCAAAUGCAAAGAAAUUUGAGAGUAAGAUCUGAAUUACUUAUGAAGAUGAGGGAGUUUUUAAUAAAUAAUCACUUCAUUGACGUGGAGACACCUACAUUGUUUAAGGCUACACCUGGGGGUGCCCAAGAGUUUAUUGUUCCCACGAGAUUUCCUGGGCAGUUCUAUUCUCUUGUUCAAAGUCCGCAACAGUUCAAACAGAUGCUGAUGGCAGGAGCCAUAGAUCGAUACUUUCAAAUAGCCCGUUGUUAUCGAGACGAAGGUACCAGACCGGAUAGACAACCAGAAUUCACACAGUUGGACAUUGAGUUAUCUUUCACUUCUGUUGAAGAUAUCUUGAAUCUCAUAGAAGAUCUCUUCCAAUAUUGUUGGCCAAAGUUUUCGAAUCCAAUACCAUAUAAAUUUCAACGAAUGUCAUAUGCCCAUGCCAUUGAAAAUUAUGGCUGUGAUAAGCCUGAUAUUAGAUUUGAUCAUAAGAUAAGGAAUUGUACACAUUUACUGAAGUCCAAUGAAACGGUUUCAACAGACCAUGAGUUUGGGGCAUAUUAUAUAUCAUUUCCAAAAGAGUAUGCAAUAUCAAGUAGACGUCUGAAAGAGUCCAUGAGUUCGUUAUCAAAAAGCUUUAGUAGACUAAAAUUUGUUCAGAGCAUAAUUAAUUCAAGAGAAGAGUGGGUGAAGAUUAUGGGAAGCCUACUGACUGUGCCAACAGCUGAGAGAAUUCUAGAUGAUAAUGAAUUAGAAAAUGGUUCAGUUCUAUUCCUUGCAUAUGGAAACAAAGGUGAAGUACUCCAGCUGUUGGGAAAGAUAAGACUGGAAUACGUGAACUUUUUAGAAAACUCUGGGAUAUUUGUGAGGAAAAAAGGAAUGCACUUCUUAUGGAUAGUUGAUUUUCCUAUGUUCGAAAUGUCUGAAACAACGAAGUGCUUACAAUCAGCACAUCAUCCUUUCACAGCACCAAAUAUUAAUGAUGUCACUUUUCUUCAAACAGAUCCACUAAAGGUUAGGGCACUUGCUUAUGACCUCAUUUUGAAUGGACAGGAAGUAGGCGGGGGUUCGAUCAGGAUCCAUGAUCCCUCACUUCAAAAAAUAGUUCUUGAUGUACUGAAAAUUGAUUCCAAAACAGUUCAACAUAUUCUAAAUAUGUUAGGUUCAGGAUGUCCACCUCAUGGAGGUAUAGCUUUAGGUUUAGAUAGGUUACUACAUAUUUUGAUGAAUACAAAUAGUAUAAGAGAUGUUAUAGCAUUUCCAAAGAACUUUGAAGGUCGGGAUCCAGUCAGUGGAGCUCCUUCUUCAAUUUCGGAUAGAGAUAAGAAAUUGUAUCAUAUAAAAGUUGUAGAUAGUGAUAUGGAUAUAUAAUAAAACUGUUCAUUUUCCA